AAAAAUAGUAACGUAUUCAGACAUUCAUUUAAUGUACCCUGAGACUCAUCUAAUAUACUACGAAAAAAGUACACGGCACAAAAUCGUGUCCCAUAAUUUAUAUAUAAGUGGUAGUAAAUAAAUAUUUUAAGGUAAAGAGUGGCAGUAUUGAAAUAAAACGAAAAAGAUAGUGCUUUUAGCCUACUCAACAACGUUAAAAACGAAGGUACGUUGAUGAUGAGAAUGAGAAGAAGCUAAUUAUAAGCUAAGCUAAGAAACCAAUUGCAGGCACUACUAUACUACUACUUCUACUCUCAUAAUAAAUACACAAUGGAAUCUUCAACGUUUGACGUCAUAGUCAUCGGCGCCGGGGUCAUGGGAAGCUCCACCGCUUACCAAACCUCAAAGCGAGGCCAAAAAACUCUCCUCCUUGAACAAUACGACUUCCUCCACCACCGUGGCUCCUCCCACGGGGAGUCACGAACCAUACGCGCCACUUAUCCAGAAGACUACUACACUCAACUCGUACUUGAGUCCUACGCGCUAUGGGAAAAGGCCGAGUCCGAAAUAGGCUACAAGGUCUACUUCAAGGCCCACCAGUUUGAUAUGGGCCCAUCUGACUGCAAAAGCCUUAGAGCCGUCAUUGCCAGCUGUCUCAAAAACUCCCUCCCUCACCGGGCCUUAAAUAGCAACCAAGUGGCCCAUCAAUUCUCGGGUCGGAUUCGGAUUCCCGAUGACUGGGUCGGGGUUUACUCGGAGAAAGGUGGGGUCAUUAAACCAUCUAAGGCUGUUUCGAUGUUUCAAACUCUAGCCUUGAAAAACGGCGCCGUACUGAAGGACAACAUUGAAGUUAGAGAUAUCAAGAGGGAAGCAAACGGCGGCGUUUUGGUCACCACCGCGACUGGCGAAACUUUUCGCGGAAAGAAAUGCGUGGUCACUGUUGGGGCCUGGACCAAGAAGUUGGUUAAAAAAGUUUGCGGGGUUGAAUUACCCAUUCAGCCCCUAGAGACCACCGUCAGUUACUGGCGAAUUAAAGAUGGCCACGUGUCCGAUUAUGCAAUCGGCAGUGGUUUUCCUUCCUUCGCUAGCUACGGAGACCCCUACGUGUACGGAACUCCGUCUCUGGAGUACCCGGGUCUCCUCAAGGUCGGUGUCCACGGCGGGUUCCCUUGUGACCCGGACAAAAGACCGUGGGGACCCGGGAUUUCAAUUGAAGCCAUGAAGGAGUGGAUCGGGAAGCGGUUUUCGGGGCGGGUGGAUCCGAGCGGACCGGUUUCGACCCAGCUGUGCAUGUACUCUAUGACCCCAGAUGAGGAUUUUGUGUUGGAUUUCCUGGGUGGGGAGUUUGGAAAAGAUGUGGUUUUGGGUGGUGGAUUUUCGGGUCACGGGUUCAAGAUGGCACCCGCAGUGGGGAGGGUGUUGGCUGAUCUGGCGUUGACCGGGGAAACCGAGGGAGUUGACCUCAAGUACUUUAGGAUAGGGAGAUUUGUGGAGAAUCCUAAAGGUAAUGUCAAAGAUUAUGAGGAGCAAGUCAACCUUUUUAUUCGAUCACUCAUUUGAAGAUUCUCAAUCACCUAUUCAAAUCAAAUCUGUCCCAAUAUUCUCUGCCUUUCCUCUUUUAUUUAUUUUGUUUUUAUUAUUUUUCUUGUAUAUUAUAUAUUUAUAUUAAUAUGAUCUACUACAAUAUAUAAAUAAAUUCCUUCAACAAAAAAAAAUAUAUAAAUAAAUAACUGUGGGUGGAUAAUGAUAUAUCAUUUAUAGUAUGUAAUGUAGUAGAUCACUAGAUCAUAGUAGUAGUAGUAGAUAGUAGUAGUAGAUAGUAGUAGAGUGUUCCAUUGCUUUUAUUAUUGUUAUCAUUUUCAUUUUAUCUUUUAUUAAGCAACAAUUAUUAUUAUUAUUA